AUGGCUCGGAAAGGAAGUCACCAGAAGAAUGGAAUGGAUCACCAAACGAAGCAGAAAAAGAAAACUUCUGAGCCUUUGCUGUCUUCGAAGGUCCAAGGUAAAGCCAGUGAGGCUGAGAGUGUCCUGAGAGAAAACUGCCAAGGUGAUAAACAGAAAAGAAGUAGUCCGGUUUGUGAAGCUUUAGAAAGAGAGAUGGAUGCAGUGAAAGAUCAGCCUGUUUCUUCAGGGACAGAUUUAGGUGGAGAUAGACCUCGUAGUGAACCUGGUUCUACCACCGAAGAGACUAGAUAUGUUCCAUUUCGUCGUGAACACAUCAACGGUCUUAUGAGAAGCUUGCUGGAGAUAUUGAGCACAAACAGCCCCUCGGAGAAUAUCGGACUGGCGUACAAUGCAGCAGUCAGGAAACUGAGGAUACCCACUGCUACCAUAUCAAGGGAAGUGACUCAGUUGAUGGAAAAGCACAUGCCUUUGCUAGUUUCUCUCAGAUCACGGGUAUAUAAAGCCCGUGAUGUUGUUGUAAAGAAGAUUCGGCAAGCGUACCCGGUUGUCUUCAGAUGGCUUAUGCACUUUGGCAGCAUAAUUCUUCUUCUGUCUCUGGUUUGGUUGGACUGUGCAAUCCGAGGUUUUGAUUCUUUCAUCCGGAUGGGAACAGCUUCCUUUUUCUCAAUCAUGUGGUGUGGUCUCUUUUCAGCGUUCUCCAUGAUCGGCAUGACCAAAUUUCUAGUGAUGUCGGUUGUAACGGUUCUGGUGGCGUUGUUCAUUGGAUUUGUUGUUGGGUCUAUAACGCUUGCCAUUUCUGGUUUGGUUUUGCUCUGGAUCUAUGGUAGCUUUUGGACAACCCUGCUCUUCCUCUUCUUCGGAGGUCUGGCAUUCAUGCUGAAGCACGACCGCAUUGGACUGUUUAUCAUCAAAGUGUAUUCAGUCUAUAGUGCAUGGAGUUAUGUCGGAUGGCUAGGUCUUGUUUUGGCUUUUAAUCUUGCUUUCAUCUCAACCGAUGCUCUUAUAUAUUUCUUCAAGAACAAAGUAAACCAGCAGAGCACAGCUGGUGGAUUCACCGAUCCCUUAAAUGGUUCGUCAUUUGAAAACGGCCCUGGAUUUACCGGUGACCGUGGCCCAGGAGUCGCGUCAACUAGUGGAACAGACUCUGAGUUAACAUCUGAAGAUGAAGUUGCUCGGUUGCUGAAUUGUGCUGACCACUACUCAGCUUUGGGCUUACCUAGGUAUGGGACUGUUGACAUGGCUUACCUCAAGCGAGAAUAUAGGAAAAAGGCGAUGCUGGUCCAUCCUGAUAAAAACAUGGGGAAUGAGAGAGCAGCUGAAGCUUUUAAGAAACUUCAGAAUGCAUAUGAGGUAUUGCUUGAUUCUGUAAAGCAGAAAUCAUAUGACGAUGAAUUAAAGAAGGAAGAACUAUUGAACUACUUUAAGAGGUUUCAGAAUUCUUCUCAAAAGGAGACUCGAGGACGUGGUUACUCUGGCGAAGGCGAAGGAGAGGAAGCUUUAACAGAGUGUAGACAAAUAGCGUGUAAAAAAUGUGGUAGUUUCCAUGCCUGGUUUCUGACAAAGAAAUCAAAGUCUACAGCAAGAUGGUGCCAGGAUUGCAAGGAGUUUCAUCAAGCAAAAGAUGGAGAUGGUUGGGUUGAACAAUCUUCACAGCACGUCUUGUUCGGGUUGUUUCAAAAGGUUGAUAUGCCGCGUGCUUACGUAUGCGCAGACAGCAAAGUAUAUGAAGCUUCUCAGUGGUAUAUCUGUCAGGGAAUGAGAUGUCCAGCAAACACACACAAGCCGAGCUUCCAUGUGAACACAAACGUAACAGGUGCAAAGCGAGGAGCAAGUGGUUCAUCAGGGCAAAGAGGAAACCAGAGAAUGCCAAAUGCAAACAUGGAUGAAACAAUGACAGAGGAAGAGUUCUAUGAGUGGUUGCAGAACGCCGCACAAGCCGGUAUGUUUGAUAAUGUCAACGAAAGCCCUUCUUUUGCAACUGCCAGUAGUAGCAGCAAGAAGAAGAAGAAGGGAAAGAAGCAAUGGUGA